AUGUUCCUUACUUCCUUUCGCCACCAACAAACACAGAGACACAUACACUUCAUCAACUUUCCUCAUCCCUUGAUUUCCACUUCACCGAGGUACCAACCAACCUACCAAAUGGCAGCCAAGCCAUCUGAAGAAGCUCCUCAAGGAGAAACUCUCAAGUACCAGACGUGGGUUCUGAAAGUCUUAAUCCACUGCGAGGGCUGCAAAAAGAGAGUCAAGAAAAUUCUUCAGGGAAUUGAUGGGGUUUAUACAACAGAGGUUGAUUCUCUGCAGCACAAGGUUACGGUCACUGGUAACGUGGACGCUGAGACUCUCAUCAAGAGGCUUUCAAGAUCUGGGAGGCUAGUGGAACUUUGGCCAGAAAAACCACCUGAGAAGAAAGAUAAUAAAAAGUCUGGAAAAUUGAAUAAGGGUGGUGAUGUUAACAAAGAGAAGGAAGACCAAAAGAAUGGUGAACCAGGUGCUGAUGGUGGUUCAAAUGAGGGUGCUAAAGAUGGUGCUGGUGAAGAUUCUGACAAAGAAGAACAAGGUGAUGAAUGUGAAGAGGGAGGUGGUGGCGGUGAAGGUGGCAAAAAGAAGAGAAAGAAAAAGAAGAAGAGCAACAAAGGGGAAAACGCUGGUUCUGCAUCUGCUCCUCCUAAGAGUGGAGAAGGAGGGGGAGAAAUUAGUGAAGUUGAUGCAUUAGUGCCUUCAAAUUUAGCCAUUUCUAUGGCUCCCAAGGAUCUUAUUAGCCCUCCAAUUCAGCAUGCCUACCCAUAUCCACAUGUGUAUUACUCACCUCCUCCUCCUCCAGCAUAUGGAUUAAGCUAUAACACAGCAUAUCCUAUCUCUAGUGCUUCAUAUUAUGUUGGUGCCCCUGUCAUGCCCAUGCAUGCUUACACUACUCCAUACUCUAGACUACCACCACCUCCUCCACCGUCUGAUCCAAUCAAGCACUAUGGUGAUGAGGAUGAGUACGAAGGUGGUGGAUAUUGCUCCAUUAUGUGA